CACAUACCCAUGUGACCAAUAAUGCUCCUCCAUCAACUGCUUAGAUUUAAUCAAUCAAAUAUCUAAAUCCCAUUCUACCAAAAAUAAGAAAUUGAUCUCUCUCUCUUUCCUCUGCAAAUGGGAAGAAAUCUUGCGCUCACAUUGGCUUUGACAAGCCUCUGCAUUGGACUAGUUGCAGCAGAUUGGAACAUUUUGAAGCAGAAAAGGAAACAUUAUGGAUUGAAGUCUAGCUUGAAGAACUAUUGUGAAAGUUGGAGGAUUAAUGUGGAGCUAAACAACAUUAGGGAAUUUGAGGUUGUGCCUCAGGAAUGUGUGGCUUACAUCAAGCAUUACAUGACAUCUUCUCAGUAUGAAGCAGACUCUGAGAGAGCAAUUGAAGAGGUGAGACUCUAUCUCAGCAGUUGCUGCACUCUGGAAGGUGAUGGUAAAGAUGCUUGGAUUUUUGAUGUUGAUGAUACCCUUUUGUCUACCAUUCCUUUCUACAAGAAACAUAAUUUUGGGGGAGAGAAGUUGAAUACAACCUUGUUGGAAGAAUGGAUGAAAGAAAGCAAGGCACCAGCUCUAGAUCACACCUUCAAUCUUUUCCAUGAGAUAAAAAAUAAAGGGGUCAAAAUCUUUCUUAUCUCCUCAAGAAGUGAAACCCUAAGAUCUGCUACUGUGGAUAACCUUAUCAAUGUUGGGUAUCAUGGAUGGUCUAGUCUCAUAUUAAGGGGUCUUGAAGAUGAACUCACAAGAGUGCAAGAAUACAAAGCUUCAGCAAGAAAAAGAUUGAUGGAUGAAGGGUACCGCAUUUGGGGAAUCAUUGGAGAUCAGUGGAGCAGUUUUGCAGGUCUCCCCACUACUAAAAGAACCUUCAAGUUGCCAAAUUCCAUGUACUACCUUUCCUAGAGCUAAUUAAUUAAAACUUUAAUUAUUAUUAUUGAUUAAGAUACUAAGACAUAUGUAAUUUGCAUAUUUAAACUCUCCAGUAUAUGCUUGUUAAAAUAAUCAUCCUACAUUCUUAUUGUUGCA